AUGCGCUCCGCCACCAUAGUUGUGGAGGUCUCUUGUACGGCCCCACGCUCCGACUGGCUUGAGCUCAGUUGUCUUUUGUGCGCUUUUCUUCGGCAUUACGCGAAUGGUGGGCGCGAUGGGGCGCAUGUGGGCCUUUCCUCGCUUUUCGCCCCCGGGCGAUGCAUCCCCCAGACGGCGUGGACGCUCGCGGAGGCCACGAUUCCGGCGAUUUCGUCCCUCCUUCAGCGCGUCGUAUGCUCGAUGCGCGUGUGCGAUAUGUACGGUUUUUACACCCCGAAAGGCGAACCCCCUGAAGGGAGAAACGCCCAUUCCGCCUCGGAAAGAGGCUUCACCGCUGAGAUGGAGGAAAUUUCGUUUAUUCCGAUUAUCUACACCCUCCACUGUGGGGACGUCGUGAAUGAUCCCGCUUGCGAUCUACUGAGCGGGCGAGGCGGUGUGGACGACACGAACGAGGACAUAAACUCCCCGCAGUGCUAUAUUUCCCUCCUCCCGCACGAAUCCCUGGAUGGGUUGUGGGAAUCUUUGUACUACGGCGACAGCAUCGAGGACUCCGCGCGGUUUAAAAUCGAUCUCGUUGAGUACGUUCGCACCGCCCUGACUUUUUCGCUCGCGGGGGUCGACCCGCACGCGAUUGUGUGGAACCACCUCAUCCUCCUGCACGGCCCGCCGGGAACGGGAAAGACAUCGCUGUCCAAGGCGCUUUCGCAGAAGUUAUCCAUCCGCCUCGGGCACCUUUUUCCCCACGGGACGAGGCUCAUUGAGGUGAACGCGCACAGCCUUUUUAGCCGGUGGUUUAGCGAGAGCGGAAAGCAGGUGAUGCGGCUGUUUAGCCAAAUUUUCCAUCUCGCCUCGGAUGAUCGUGGGUUGGUGUGCGUGCUGAUUGACGAGGUGGAAAGUUUAGCCGCCGCGCGGCAGUCGGCGAUGAAGGGGAACGAACCGUCCGACUCGAUUCGAGUGGUGAAUACGCUGCUCACGCAGAUCGAUCGCCUUAGCCGCUUCCGCAAUGUUCUUGUUCUCGCCACCAGCAAUCUGACCGACGCCAUUGAUGAUGCUUUUUUAGAUCGCGCCGAUAAAAAGAUUUUCCUCGGUCCACCAGGCCUAAAGGCGGGUCACGCGAUACUCUAUAGCGGGGUGAUGGAGCUCAUGGACAAGCGACUUAUUCAGAUUGGCCCGGACUGCGAGCACCAGCUAAAGCGUUGGGGCGAUGGCGGUUCGAUCGCCACCAUCGGGCUCACCCCACAUUACGAUGAGGAAACCCUUUUACCAGAAAGCGCGGCGGUUUGGCUCGUCCGGAUAGCGGAUUCCUGCGCUAAUUUCAACGGCAGGCAGCUCCGAAAGCUUCCGUUUUUGGCUUAUGCCACCUGUGUGAGCGCCAUGCAAGAGUAUAGGACCUACUACACGUCAACAUCCUCGUUAUCACUUUCCCAACGGCAUUCGACCCCGCAGCCGAUUCUUUCCCCCACCUCUGCCGUGCCUCGCGGUGGUGAGAGCUCGAGGUUUGCGCAGGGAUCUCCUCGUAGCCCCAACCGAGGCCCCACGGAAGCGGCCGUCGAGGUCGAAAUGAAUGAAGAGCGAGGUGCCCGUGACUUUCCACCGGGUUUAUCGGAAUCGUUCCCUGCUCUUCCUCUGUCUGUCUUUUUGGACUUUCUUUCCAAGGCCGCGCAGAAAAACUCAUGA